AAGAUCAUAUAGAUUUUUAAUGCACGUAUUAAACGCCUUUUUAAAAACUUUAUUAUGAAUAUUUACGUAUUGAUGUUAAUGUAAACUUUAUAGGUUUAUAAAGUUUUCGUGCUUUUGGAGGAGGAAGCCUCAUCCUGCAGGCUAAUAACACCGAGCAGCUGAUGGCGGAGGUGGAGGAGCUGCGGCCCGUUCCGAGGGAGAGAGCCAUCCUGGAGAGCUUCUUCGCUCAGCUCGGGAUGUUCUCCUUCGACCGAGCCAAGGACUACGUGGAGAAGGAGAAGGACAGCAGCCGGAGCUCCGGGGCCAUCUGGAGCUCCCUGCUGGCGGCGCUGGCUCACCUGGCCGCCGCGGAGAAGGUGUAUCACAACCUGACCUUCCUGGGGCAGAAGAUAGGCGGCCAGUCCUUCUUCAGCCGGAAAGACUCCAUCCGCACCGUCUACACCUCGCUGUACAACGAGCUGAAGAAGGUGGCGACGGUGGGCCGCCACAGCCAGCCCUCCUCCUCCUCCUCAUCAUCCUCCUCCUCCCUGGAGGACCUCCUCUCUCACCUGUCCGAGCAGCUGUGCCACUUCACCCAGGCCCGCAUGGAGAUGGCCGACCUGUACGAGAAGCUGUUCCACCACCCCAUCCUGGCUCGGGUGGAGGAGGGUUUCCAGACAGAGGUGGACGUUGUGACCCAGCUCCUGCGCUGCCAGGCCCAGGUGUCAGAGUGGCACUUCCUGCCCGCCCUGCUGAGCCUCCACGGCGCUCACACCAAACUCACCGCUUGGGCUCUGCUCUUCCAGAGGCAGAAGGAGACCCGGAAGAACCUGUUCGGGGGUCAGUCCCAGAAGGCCGUGCAGCCGCCGCAUCUGUAUGUGUGGCUGCAGCGCUUCCACGCAGUGCUGCUGGCAAAGUUCAGCUUCUACUUCCACGAAGCUCUGAGCCGGCAGACGGCUCCGGGGGACAUGAGAACCCUGACCGCACGGACCGCGCCGGACUACUACGGUAAGAUCUCCGCUUUCAUCAGGAAGCACGACGCCAGCAAUGUGUCCCUGGUGUUCGACAACCGCGGCUCAGAGAGCUUCCAGGGACACGGAUACCACCACCCGCACUCGUACCGAGAGGCGCCCAAAGGGGUGGAGCAGUUCCCGGCCGUGGUGUCGCUGCCUUCAGGGGAGCGGCCGCUCACCCACUGGCCAAACGUCAUCAUGAUGAUGAGCGACCGCGCCACUGAGCUCAACGCCCUGGACAAAGUGGUCCAGUUCUACGAUGACAAGGUGCAGAGCACAUACUACCUGACCCGACCAGAGCCGCACUUCACCCUGGUGGUCAUCUUCGACGGGAGGAAGUCCGAGAAGGAGCAGCACAUCACCUCCUUCCUACAGGAGAUCUCCAGCUCGCUGCGCAACUCCAAACCCUUCAGCAUCCUAAAGCCGGGCUCAAAGGGCUGAGCUGGACAAACCGCACCGUUCCGAAGUCCAACCGCUCAUCUGGAUCCCAUUCCAGAACAGACAGAUUUCAGAUCAGAGUUUAUCUGACAUGUUGACUCUUCAAGAAAACAGAGAAGCUUGAUCUGUGUUCAGUUUUAAAUUUGUUUCAUCAUUCUCAGUUUUAGAAACCAAAUAAAGUUUUGAAGUCGUUCUUUAUCUGAUCUGACGCUUUAAGACAAGAUUAUAGAUUUUCUUAGCAAUAAUUAUAGAGGAGCUCAUGAUUCCUGCACUGAAUGCAAGGUCCUGUUGCUGCAAAGAAAAGCCCAAACCAUCAACCCUCCUCCACCGUGGCUAACAGGUAAGAGGCUGAUGCUGAUUAGCUUGACUUGGAAAACCAACCCUGGAAUGAACUCCUUGUCUGGGGCAACAAGGUUCAGGAUUCGAUUCCCAGCUCGGGGUCUCUAUGCAGUUUGCAUGUUCUCCCUGAUUAUCCAUGGGUUCUCUCCGGGUACUCUGGCUUCC